UUGUAAACAAACCGGUUUAAAACAUUAUUUUUGAGUAAAAAUCAUAUAUUAAACUUGCUAAAAUCUUAACCAUGAACUCACUGUUUCAUACUAACCUAACGGCUUUAUUUCGAAAGUGCUGUUUGAUCCAAUCAAUCCCAGUAAGAAAUUAUGCAGCCCCCAAAGCAGGAGGAGCUCUCGGGUCCAAGAAAAAGAAAUUGGGCAAGCUAGGACCUAUGGUAGAGAAAAAGGUCAUGCCAGUCGAGACGGAUGCUACUAAACUUGUGAAUUAUGUAUGUGGAAGCAAUUGGCUGAAAACUGGUGAAGAUAUUAAGAUUAAACCUGACUCGGAAUACCCCGAUUGGCUGUGGAGUCUGCACGUCGGUAAACCAUUAACCUUAGAAGAGCUAGAUCCAAACACUAAAACAUACUGGAGGAAGCUGCGUCGGCUGGGGAUACAGAGGAACAAUAAGUUGUCUAAGCUAAAAAAGUUUUAGUUAUCACUAGGUAUUUGUUAAUUAAAUAAAUUACCUCAAUUUUGGAUUGUGAGUAUUGCCUAUCUAGAUGAAAUAGAAAUAGCUCAGUACGGUUAUCAAAAUUACAAUUGCAUUUUACUCGUUACGGUAACAUUUCA